AAUUAUCAUAAUUUAACUAUGACGCCUUGCAUAAUUAUUUGUAUAAAUUUAUUAAAUAUGGCUGCCCGGAGUGAAGUGCUUCGUUUAUAUCGUUCGCUACUAAGAGAAUCUAUUAACUUUAACAAUUAUAACUACAGGUCAGUAUUGAGAUAACACCCUUCUAUCAUGCAGUGCUUACUGUGUAUUUGAGGUUGAGAAAUUUACAAGGAGAAAAUGUCGUUAAUUACUUCAUUUUCCCUGUCUUGUCUAGAUUGUACGCUAUUCGUAAAGUGAGAGAUUGUUUUCGAGAACAUAAGAAUGAAACAGAUCCAGAGAGAAUCAAAAGUUUUAUAACCAAAGGUCAACAGAACUUAGAAAGUUUAAAAAGACAGGUAACAAUAUAUAAAAUUGUACUGCAUCUGAACUUGGUUUGUACUAUAUAACCCUCCCCCCCCUGGCUAAUUGGCCUGCACAGGGGUCACACCCCUACCUAAUAAAAGUGUCAAUCGGUGCUCACUAAUGUUGCUAUAUGUUUUGGAAUAUUUGACAGCAGACCUGGUGAUAUUCACUAAUAACCCCACCCCCCUGAAAAUUUUUCGAUGCCAAAUGAACUGUCAUCCCCCCUCCGUAAAAAUCUCAUCCCACACCAAUUAAACUUGGAUUGUUUACAACAGUCCUGCUGGUGGCUAACAAGUGACACCCCCCCUGGAGGAUUGUCAAUGCAUAACAAGCUUGGACCCCCCUGAUAGGUCUAACACUUAUUCCUCAUAUUUCAGACAUUACUUAACAACAUAUAUGGGACAUCUAAGCUGGUUAUCGAAUCAUGACGGACAACACAUCAAAGAAGAUAAAAUGAGUGAAAUACAGCAAGUGCGGUGUUUGGUUUGUCAGGUUCAUCGAAUGACAUGUUGAAUAUAGUGUUGACUAGAAACGAUUUAAUAGGAAAAUACCAAGAUUUUGGAGCAUCUUGUUUGGUAGAACUAACAGUAGAUGGGUUUUUAUUGGAUGGAAUAUUCGAAUGCAAAUUUAUAUGCAUUGUUAGACGAGGAACAGUUGACAAGCAUAAGCCCUCUGGAAUGGAACCUGUGGCUCUGUGGCACAUCUGCCCAUAGUUGCAUUAUUUGCAAGUGCUCCUGCUUUGGUCUAAAAAUAUAUAAAUUUGUGUUUGAAUACUUCAUCUACAAAAAACCAUCUACUAUUUUAUUAAUAGUUAACUAUUACUAUAUUUUGAUACAUGAAAGAUAAUUCCAUGGGAUAUCCUAGACUGGGCUAAAAUAGGAGAGAAAUAAUUUUCCUUCACGAAACUUAUUCUUCUUAAAAUUUAUUAUUGGUAUUUUAUUUUAGCAAAAAAAUUAUAUUAAUUAAAUUUUUUUCAAACUGGUGAUGAACAGUUUAUUUGUUGUUGCUUUUGCAAAUUAACUUUUAAAAAGUUAAG